AAAAGUAGCUAGCUCAAUGAAUGAAUCAGUGUUGUGUCAACAGACAACUCACUCUGGUACUAGCAGCCUGCCACAAAAAAUAGAUAAUUUCCUUUAUAUACAUUUAUUAAAAAAAUACCAAAAAUUACAUAGUCAAACAGGCAUAAAACAGCAUUUUUGCACCAAUAAAGUGAUUCCCAUGAGCUAUUAGCUGAAAUCUUGGUAGAUCUUAGCCUGGUGUGAAAAUUGUCCUAAAGAUUGUCCUAUAUUACAGGAAGGUCAUGUCCUUAAGAACAAAUAUGUCAAAAACAGUACCAGAGAGCUGCCUCAGACCCUUCAGCUGAGUUAUCUGAAGCUUCAUCAGAAAUGAUCUAAGUGAAGGAGAAGGUAAGUCAAGAAGUUAUUCUUCAGGAAGGGAAACAGGAAAGUUAAGCUGAGGUAUGCUAACUCACAGAAGAACAUGGUGGAGGUUCUGGCAUUGUGUUGGGGCUGCAUCUCAGCCGGUGGUGUUGGGAUCUUUUCAACAUUGAUGGAAUUAUUAAAGCUGAAAAGAAUCAUCAGAUUUCAAUGCAACAGCAAUAGCAAGUAAUAGAUUUGGUAAUACCAGAUAUUGACUUUCGAUCUCAUUAUAGUACUGUGCAAAAGUUUUAGAUAGGUGUGGAAAAAAAGCUGUAAACAAAAAAUGCUUUCAGAAAUAUAGAUGAUUGUUUAUUGGCCCCAAAUGUAUUCUGCAGCAGAACAACGACCCCAAACAGACAGCCUAAGUCAAUAUCAAGUAUCUUCAGCGUAAAGAUGAACAAAAAGUACUGAAAGUGAUGGUUUGUUGUUUGUUUGUUGUUUGAUGUGUGUGUGCAUGUGGUAUUUUAUUGUGUGACCCUCCUUGGUCAGCUUUGUGUGCUUUAUAAAUAAAAUAAAAAUAGGAUUUGACAACAUAUGUCAUUUUGAAGAUGUAAAAGCUCACAGUCAGUUGAUAUACGGCGUGUUGCAAAGAGUUACUAUAUCGCACAAGCUACUAGUAUGAACACUCACACAGCCUUGCCCCGAGAGAUUUGGCUUUGUAGUAGAUGCCUCUCUGUGGGCCUCCUUGUUGGAGUUACAAGCUCCAUUCACUGUUUCUCUCUCAGAGAGGAAGUCGUGGCAGAGCUGGGCAGCACUUCACUGUAACGUCACAAUGAAAGACUGUGUGGUCUGAGCUGCUGUUUGGUCUGACAGGUGGUUAUUUUGUAUCGCACAAUCCAAAAAGCCCACUUUUUUAGUUUUUCUCUUUCCGACCCAGACUAUGGUUCUCAUCUCCAUCCAGUGAUUGUGAGAAAACAGUUGUUUUUUUGAUGGUCAGAGGUUCUUAUUUUUAAUGAAACUGCAGGUAACUGACAGUUUGGUUAUAAAAAAUGACUAAUUUCUGUCUGGUGUUUUUUCUUUCUUAAUUUUUUUGGCCUUUAAAUCAGAUUUUAGGACCCCUCUCGCAAACAAUUUUAUCGAUCACAUUGUUUUGAUUUAUCUGGUCUAAAAAAAAAAGACUUUUUCCCGUGUGACCGUGGAUGAAUUGAAAUUAAAUUUACUCAAAUGUGAUUCCUCCAUUUUGUGCUACAGGAACACAUGAGACCUAGAUAAGACAAUAAUUGGUUAUUAAAGCGUGUGUGCCAUCGUAUUAUUCCGCUCGUAGAGUGUGUGUGCAUGUGUUUUUUGACUAAGUGCACUCUGUCUGCCUCUCCGCUGUCUAUUUUAAGGACAGUGGACAUAAAACAGAAAACAUGGCCUGAGGUUGUUGUCUUUUGUUCGUUUUUUUCCCCCAAUCUUAUCUCCAAAAUAUGGCUCUCUGUGUUUUAUGUGUGUGCCCGUGUGCAAGGACUAAUUUGUGUGCGUGCGCUUGUGGUGGAGACUAAAAAGCUGCAGGAUGAAUGCAGUCAUGUGUUUGAUGAAAGGAUGAAAGAAAAAAAGCGCUGCUCCAUAAUUCUAGUAAAAUUGAGAUCAAAAAAAGUGUUUGAAUGGGAAAUAGCCUACAGACAUGUUUUUAUAUGUAACAAUUACUGCUAAUAAUUAGUUGGUCUGGACUGUGGUUACUUCAUUUCUCUUUUCUGAUUUAUUCCUGUGCCCCUUUUCACCUGCUCUACAUUUCUAAUGCCAGCUUCCCCUCUCUUCUAUUGGCCACGUUUCUUUUGUUAGCCUCCUUCCUUUCCUCCUCCUCUCCAACACUACUUCUGCCUUUCCCUCCUCUGACUACUACCCCCUUUUCCUACACUAGAGUAGCUCAGUAAUACAGAGACUCAAAUCACCCUGGUAACCUGUGAGAGAAAGUGGCUUGGUUCCUGGCGUGAUCGCAGUGAGAGAGGAAGUAUCGUCAGAGUCUGGCUGCACUGUUGGCCCCUCCUUAUGGAGCCAUGGAGAGUGGAUCCAACAAUGACAGACUCACAGACAAAGACAACAUGAAUUCAGACUCUGCAAACAAAGCUCACAACAAGAUCCCCUCAGAGAAGCUGCAGAGAGCUGGAAAGGUUCUCCGCAACGCCAUCCUGUCCAGAGCCCCUCACAUGAUUCGAGACAGGAAGUAUCACCUGAAGACAUACAGACAGUGCUGUGUAGGCACAGAGCUGGUGGACUGGCUGGUGCUGCAGAGCGCCUGUGUGCUCACUCGCUCCCAUGCUGUCGGGAUGUGGCAGGCACUACUAGAAGAAGGGGUGCUAAAUCAUGUGGACCAGGAGCUCGGUUUCUAUGACAAAUACCUCUUCUACCGUUUUCUUGACGAUGAGGAAGAGGACACACCGUUACCUAGUGAGGAGGAGAAGAGGGAAAGUGAGGAAGAGCUGCCCGAGACCAUCCUCUUUCUUGCCCAGAUUGGCCCUGAUGCACUGCUGCGCAUGAUCCUCAGGAAAUCGCCUGGUCAGAGAACAGGCGAUGACCUAGAGAUCAUCUAUGACGAGCUGCUUCACAUCAAGGCCUUAGCUCACCUCUCCAACACUGUGAAGAGGGAACUGGCGAGCGUGGUGAUCUUUGAGUCACAUGCAAAAGCUGGAACUGUGUUGUUUAACCAAGGAGAAGAAGGCACAUCAUGGUACAUCAUCCUGAAGGGCUCCGUUAAUGUGGUUAUCUAUGGAAAGGGUGUGGUGUGUACACUUCACGAGGGUGAUGACUUUGGAAAGUUGGCCCUGGUUACAGAUUCACCUCGGGCUGCAUCCAUCGUCCUGAGAGAGGACAACUGUCACUUCCUGCGUGUGGAUAAGGAAGACUUCAACAGGAUACUCAGGGAUGUGGAAGCUAACACGGUGCGUUUGAAAGAGCACGAUCACCCUGUGCUGGUGUUAGAAAAGAGUCCUCGAGCCUCCACACUGGGAAACAUAAAGUACACUGUGAUAUCAGGAACUCCAGAGAAGAUUCUUGAGCACUUCUUGGAGACGAUGAGGAUGGACAUACAUCACAGUGACCCAGACCCAGCAGUGGAUGAUUUUGUCCUCAUGCACUGUGUCUUCAUGCCCAACAGCCAGCUGUGCCCUCUACUCCUGUCACAAUACCAUGUGACAUCUCCGCCUGGCUCUGAACAAGAGAGGUUGGAGUAUGCACUUAACAGUAAAAGGAGAGCCCUGAUUAUGACCCUGCGCUGGGCAAACACACAUACCUACCUAAUACAAGAGGAACCUGCUGCCAUCUUUUUCCUGGAGGAGUUGUAUGGAAGUCUAUCCAAUGACUCCCGGAUGCUGAGAGCUUUGAAAGAUUUGGUACCUGACCUGGAGAAAGUCGUCAAAUUGCACUCCGAAGAGGCCAAAGCAACAAAAAAGAAGACCCUAAUACGACAGUUCAGCAACGGAGAGGAAAGGCUGCAGAAGAAACAGCCAAUUAGAAAUCAAGAUGACAUCCUGUUGAAGGUGUACUGCAGCGAUCACACCUACACUACAAUCAGGAUUCCCGUGGCAGCGACGGGACGAGAAGUGAUCAGUGCUGUGACGGACAAGCUCGGCACCACCGAUGAGCUCCUGCUGGUCCACCUCAGCUCUGCGGGUGAAAAACAAAUCUUGAAGCCAAAUGAUGUAUCGGUGUUUUCUACUUUGAGCAUCAAUGGGAGAUUAUUUGCCUGCCCUCGAGAGCAGCUCAACAGUCUGACUCCUCUUCCAGACCAGGAAGGGCCCACUGCAGGCUCCAUGUCAACUUUUGAGCUGAUGAGCUCCAAGGACUUGGCUUAUCAAAUGACAAUGUUUGACUGGGAGCUCUUCAGCUGUGUUCAUGAGCAUGAGCUGCUCUACCACACGUUUGGCCGCCAAAGUUUUAAACGAACCACGGCUAAUCUAGACUUGUUCCUGAGGAGGUUCAACCAGGUCCAGCUGUGGGUCGUCACUGAAGUCUGCCUCUGCGGACAGCUCAGCAAGAGAGUCCAGCUCCUCAAGAAGUUCAUCAAGAUAGCGGCACACUGUCGAGAAUUUAAGAACCUCAAUUCAUUCUUUGCCAUCAUCAUGGGGAUGAGCAACCCUGCUGUGAGCAGACUGAGCCAGACGUGGGAGAAACUUCCCACCAAGUUUAAGAAGUUCUAUGCUGAGUUUGAGAACAUGAUGGACCCAUCAAGGAACCACCGGUCCUACCGACUUACUGUUACCAAACUGGAACCACCGAUUAUCCCCUUUGUGCCACUUCUUCUAAAAGAUAUGACAUUUACACAUGAGGGCAACAAGACAUUCAUUGACAACAUGGUCAAUUUUGAGAAAAUGCGUAUUAUAGCAAACACAAUUCGACAAGUGAGACACUGUAGAAGCCAGCCAUUCAAUCCUGACAUUUGCCAGCCAAACAAGAAUCAAGCGGAGGUCCGGGGUUACGUUAGGAAGCUCUGCGUGAUUGACAACCAGAGGGCGCUGACGCAGCUCUCCUACCGGCUGGAGCCUCGGCGGACAUGAGCUCCAGAUCCUCCACCACAACGCCUUCUCUGUGACGUUAGCAUAAAAAACUAUAUAAAAUAAAUCAACACAACAGUAGCAAAUCGCAGCAUUCAGUGACUUUAGUGUUAUUAUGGACUAUUAAGGACUGUGCCGUGAAAAGCCUCUUCUCCCUGAACAAACAGAAGCCGUUCAGCUGCUCUCUUGUCGCCGUGUCUCAGUCAACAGACUGAGGGUUCAUAUCGUACUAAUUAUUACUGUUUGGGACCUGUUAGAUAGAACUGUAAUGUAUAGAACUUGAAUCAAUAUCCUGCAUGACUGAACUUCAUAGACCUUGUGUUCUAUACAGUGGAUUUCUAUCAGAGUGUCCUGUAAUGUCGUGCUACCCCAGAUGAGCCCUAGUUUACAAUAAAGUACUGUACCUGCCUGUAGAGCAAACCGUUCUCUCCUGAUGAUCCCACUCAUAGACGCAAAACACAGGAAACCCCACAAACUGUAGUGAUCGAGACUCUUUGUUUACCCUGGUCAAUAUUAAAUCUCAAAGAGCAUACUUACUUUAUAAUCUAAAAAAGUCUAUAAGGACCUUUGAAAAUCUGUAGGAUUUGAUGUCCUUUAGGUAAAUAUCAGUGUCCAUUAAUUAGUUAGACACUUUAAACCUACUUAACAGAGUAUUAGUCGGAUUAAAUCCUUAAUGGUAUUACCGGCAGUGUUCAAAUGGGUCACUGUGGUAUUUAUUGUGAGUUUUAUUUGGAAUUAGGGUGCAGCCAAGCGUAUAAACCAUCCCGGAUAUGUUCUGCUGUCAGUUGCAAUGUCUUAGAUUUGGACCGACUGCAGCUACUGAGUCUAACUUACACUUUGAGGGGAAAAUCUUGUCAUCUCUACCAGUUGUGUUCAAUCCAUGUAAUUUUAUUUUUGUAUAUGUGCGUGUAGAUUUUGAGUGCGUUCUUUACAAGUGUCAUUCAUUUUGCUUUGAUCUCAGGAGCUUUUGCUGUGCUGGUGUGUGUUGAGAACUGCAGCGAGGCUGCCUUUUCCCAAAGCAGCCUCUAACUGUACUCUGUGUAGUCUGCCUUGUAAAUAAAAAUAGCUAAUUUAACAGUU